AUGGGCAAUAAACACUCCUCUUCCGUUGUCCCCCAUCCGUCUCGCGAACAGCGCAUCGGCGUGAACACCAAUGACGGUCAUUCGGCUCCGGUAUCUCAUAUCAGUUUGAGAUGUCAUAAAUCGCAGGCUUCAUUAAUGAAAUCAAUAUCGUCGGACACGAUAUCGAGCGAGAAACCCGUGUGGCCACCCCGUAAUUAUCAUCCGAACGACACUCGUUUACCCCCGCUGCUGACAACAUACACGCCCUUGACGCCCUCCAUCUCGCGACAAGAUGCUGAGGCACGCGCAUAUAGUGCAUUUCUCAAAUCCUUUCCCGAAUAUCAGAGCACCUGGAUACUUGACACCCUCCGAAGAACAGAUUUCGCCAGAUUGGACCGAACCGGGGAAACAUAUGUAGACUACAUGGGUGGCGCACAACACCCCGAGAGCCUUGUUCGCGUUCAUAGCGCAUUCCUCACCGAAACCGUCAUGGGAAAUACACAUUCGGUCAGUAAUAGCUCUAAGUUAUCAUCACAGUACGCUGACGAGGCGCGGGUUGCGGUUCUUUCAUUCUUUCGAGCGCCGCCGGGGUACACCGUCAUAUUUACGGCAAACGCAACAGCUGCAUUGAAGCUUAUUGGGGAGGCGUAUCCCUUCACGACCAAUAAUAGCUAUAUUCUCGGUGCCGACUCCCAUAAUAGCGUCCAUGGAAUCCGAGAGUACGCUUCACGUCGUGGAGCUGAAGUGCAUUACAUUCCAUCAACUAGUACUGGAGGUUUCGUUUUAUCUACUGCUAAGGAUAUCUUGCGUCAGCACAAACCACAAAACGCUUCCUCACUUUUUGCCCUGACGGGCCUUUCCAAUAUAUCUAACGCGAAAACUCCGCUUUCAAUCAUCGAAUUUGCAUCCUCACUUGGAUAUCACACACUUUUGGAUGCUGCCGCGCUGGCACCGUCAUCUGUCAUCUCUCUUUCGGACACCCCUGUUGAUGCUAUGGUCGUCAGCUUCUACAAAAUGUUCGGUUACCCAACGGGUGUCGGGGCCCUAAUUGUCAAGGAGUCGUUCUUGCAGAUCUUGGAGCGUCCAUGGUUCGCUGGAGGAACCGUUGAUGUCGUCCAGGUGCCAGGUUCGAUUUUUACUAGAGGAAGUAAUCUUCAUGAACGGUUUGAGGAUGGAACCAUAAAUUUCAUGACGUUACCAGCGGUCACAGAUGGUCUACGAUUUCUCUCUGCAUAUCUCCCAUUCCUCCCUCUCCGCCUCUCAUGUCUUACCCACUACCUUGUCGCCUCGCUCUCUCGUUUGAGACAUGAUUCGGCUGGAACCCCUGUCGUUAAGAUUUUAUCUAGGCUUCCUUCUAGACAACUUAAGUCUGUUGGAGAACAGGCUGACAGUGGAUCUACGAUCUCUCUUAUCUUCCUCUCGGCAAGUCCUUCUGGAGAGAUGAUAUCCAACAGUUUCAUUGAACAUGUUGCGGUGUCACGGAACAUUUCUCUUCGCACAGGUUGCAUGUGCAAUCCCGGGGGUGCGGCAACAUUACUGGGUAUUCAAGACCAAAUGGAACGACUGUAUCCAGGCGUCACGCUCAAAGACUUUGAGCGGGUCGUUGGUCGCGAGCUCGGUGUUGUGCGGAUUAGUCUAGGACUCGCAAGCAAUUUCCAGGACGUGUGGAAAAUUGUGAUGUUUGCGUCAUCCUUGGCAGAUAGCCGCACACGACAGGCGCUCUGGGAUACUUGGACGAACGUUCCUAUCGGACAGGCUAUGUAG